GAUGCCUAGAGUAGUUCCAAACCAGAAAGAAACGUUUGAAAAUGACGAUUUAUUAAGAAGAUUAAGUAGAGAGACAGAAAUUCGUUACACUAGUUACAGAGAUCGCCAAGUAGAAGAUCGAAGAGAAAAGUUUAGAGAAGGAUGCGAAAAAGGAUAUACAGAAGUGGUUUUCUUAAAAUCCCGAUUCAUAUUUAAUGGCGUGUGCGUAAUUUGGAAAGGCUCAGUUGAUUUAACUCGAUUAGAUGGUAGCGGGCGUCUUGAAUUUGAUGUUGAAAAAGCUAAAAUAGAGGAAAGAUUAUUAGACGAAGAAGUAAGUUGUUAUAGACGAAGGCUGCAGGAAUUUGAAGAAAAAGAGCGUCUUUAUUUUCUACAACAACAACAGCAACAGCAAAACGAAGAGAAAGCGAAAAAAGCGGAAGCGGAGUUACGAAGAAGACAAUACAGUUUCUUCGAAGCCGUUCGUCCUCCUACCGUAUCAAGUCUUCAACAAACUCCUCAUUUCCACUUUGAACUUUGCCCUCCUCCUCCUCCGCCUCCACCUCCGUCUCAUCCAUUUUUAACAGCUCCUGGCUACCAUAGAAUGAAAGGUUUCUUUAAUGAAACGAACCGUGGAAAAAUACGCAACUAUCGAGGGCGCUACUGUCGAUCGCCAAGAAGGAAAAGACGAGCGGCGAUGGGGGCGAACGGAACGGAAUCGGAACAAGAGCGGAAUUUAAGGAUAGAUAGUUGUACCCGUUUCGAAUUCAUCCUCUACACGAUAAUUAUGAGUUCUUUAUGCAUCCUGGGCGUAUUCGGUAAUACGGUCGCCUACUACGUUUUUAAACGUGACAAGAUCAAGACGUCAACGACGUUCAUAUUGCAAGGUUUGGCAGUGAUUGACUCUUGCCUUUUAAUCCUCGGCUUGCCUCUUUACACCGUUUUGCCGCUUAUCGCUUAUCUUAAAUUGAAUAAAUUUUAUGUAAAUUAUUGUCAUGCCUACAUCCAAGUCUCCCUUCUACCGUUCGGAUUCAUCGCUCAGACUGCAACUAUCUGGACGACCGUUUUAGUAGGAGUGAACCGAUAUAUUGCCGUCUGUAGACCUUACCAGGGGCGUGAUUCAGAUUUCAUAUCAACUUUCUUUUAAUGGUCGCUUCGUUAAUUAUUAAAGAGAAUGGGGAAAAACUCAUUCCCUUUAUGUGCAAUAUUAUAUAAUACCAGGCUUGUCUUUUAGAAGAACCUUCUAACGAGUGUUACGUGAUUGCUGCACGCGAAAUCAAUAAGAGGUCUGAACUUUGAACCAAUUAGAGUAUUUCAUUUUCCAUUUUGGCGUAGAUUAGCGUGUGUGUAUGUAGUUUAUUAAAAAAAAUCUCUUUCAAUUAUAUAAAGCCUCUUUAUCUUGAGGCGAAAAGAAAAUUUUAUAUCAAUAAAAAAAGAGUGGGAAAAAGGGAAUGAUUCCGAAUCACGCCCCCGACACCCUCAGGCAUCUCGCCUCUGUACGGUUAAGCAGGCAAAGAAGCAACUGGCGCUAAUUAUUAUCUGUUCGGUUCUAUACAACUUCCCUCACUUCAUCGAGAAUACCGUCGUACUAGGACCAGUGGACAGUUCCAACAUAACUGCAUUUCAAGCAAACAAGUCAUUCCUGGGCCAACUACCCUAUUACCAGAUUAUCUAUAGGAACGUAUUCUAUUUGUUUUUUCUUCUCCUCCUCCCGGUACUAGUCCUGACCGUACUUAACAUCCGCUUGGUUAAUGCUUUAAAUGAAUUAAGGCGACGGCGCCGAGAAAUGGUGACGAUGCGACAAAAACAAGACGAUAACGUAACCUUGGUACUCAUCAUAGUCGUAUUCAUUUUCACGAUUUGCCAAACUCCAGCACUCGUCAAUCAAAUACUAUGGACGUCUCUCAGAGACAACAAAUGGCGCGAAUGCGGUUAUUUUCAGUUCUACUUCUCUCGUAUCUGUAACACAAUGGUCAUGUUGAAUUCGUCCAUUAAUUUCCUAGUCUACUUCCUUUUCAACGUCCGUUUCCGCAAGAUUCUUCUAAAAUGCGUUUGUAACCGACUACAGAAUGGUGGUAUGGAAGAGACAGCCUGCCAAGGGACUGUUGUCGAAAAAACGACCGCCGGUCAGAUGGAAUGCGACGGCCCGAAUCAAACUCUAUUAUAAAGAAUCGUCGGAAUCAAGCGGAACGAGACUGGAAUGAGGCGAUAGGCGAAUCAUUCUGCAGUAAAAGAAUCAAUUAAGUCUACUAACGCUCAUUUAUCACUGUCGGACUCGCCGAAAGGUGGUUCGGAAACGGAUAAUAAACCCUGUUCUAGCUUCACUCCCAUCUGUAUUCGUUUUAAUGUCUGUCUUUAUAUAGGAAAGACGCCUAUAAUCCAGCUUUGCAGAUCGUAUAUCUUUUGCGUGUAAAGUUCGUCACUUGGACGGUGAAACGUAAUAUAUACGUUAUAUGUAUAGGGGUAUGACGUACAGUACAAAAAAAAGUAUAUACAAACUACCGUAUAUACAGUUUAUUAUAGUUCGAAGGCGACUUUGCGUCUCUUUUCUCUCAAAGGAAUCCAUUAGCCUUGUUCACUGCAUUGUUCCCGUUUCCGUUGCGAUCUUCCUAUCGAAUGGAGAAAAAAAACAGCGUUCGCCGGCUAGUUUUCCAGGCGAACGCUUUCGCGUCUAUAAAAAUACGGCGGCGUCUCCUUCGACGUUAAUUAUCCGACCGUCUAGUCGAACCGUUCGCAAUCAGGCGUCGAUUGAGAGGCAAUCUGUCUAUAUACGCGCGGGACAGGCCUAUUCUUUUUUCCAACUUUAUUUGUUUAUUCCAGACCGGUAUAUAUCCUGUCCGGCAAACAAUCGAUUCGCAACUGCUCAAAUAUGGAAACCCUGUUAAGGGUGAAAAGCCGUCAAUGUCCCGUUUCCCUAUGGAGAUUUCGACCAACCGUCUUGGCUAUAUUGAUACAUAGUCUUGUCACUUUCCGUUUCUUUUGUUGGGACUUAUUCCACAAUACCCGGUGGUUUUAUACUAGAGAAGAGAGUUUGUAAUUUGCCAAUGACUACUCGAAUUUCUCGCGUCAAUUGUGCGUUGCAUAUAAAUGCGCGCCACAUUAGUUAAUGAAAAUGCUCUUCUUCAGAUGGCGCUGUUUAAAAAGAAAAGCAACCUUUUCACGUGUAUUAAAGAUAGGUACCUAGAAAAAAUUUCGUAUAAAAACAUUAAAGAAGUUUGCUUAAGGAAAAAAUACACAUUUCACUCGAUAUGUGUCUUGUAGAACAAAGUUGAUGUUACAUACAAGUGUAACAAACAAGAUUACAUUGAUUCUUAUUAACUAACUUUUGAAACAAUCUGCUUAAGUUAUUAAAUAAUAUUUUAGCAUUAAUUAUACACGUUAGUAAAAUAACUGCUGGGAUGUAAUUGUACAGCUUGUGCUGGUUGAGCAUGAAAAGCCUGUGCUGGAAGAGUGGCUGUAGCGUACAUUGGUUGUGGUACGAAAGUUGUUGGUUGUAUGAGAGCUUGGUUUGCCGGAACAGCCAUAGGUUGAGUUUUUUGAGGAAGUGUUUGGGAAGUGCCAUUAGUUUGUGGUUCUUUCUUCACGUCUUCUUCAUAAUCUUCACUUCUUGAAGGUUUCAUACACAAUGCCGUUAAGAAUGCGACAAGACAAGAAAUGAAAGCAAGGCCACCUCCUGCUGCUCCAAUCAUGAAAGAGUAGCCAAGUUUAAUAUUUGUAACAUCUUUAUUGUAUCCAUUUGCAUCACCUAGACACUGAAAUAUGAUUUUCGUAUGUUUAUUUCUCUUAUACUAUACUUAUACAUGCAUAUAUUAGUAUAUAUAUAUAUAUAUGAAUUUUGUGUAUACCUUUGCUUCUGCACUGUUAUCAUUAGCCCACAUUUCUGGAAACCAUUCAGGAACUCUUUUAUCCACGUUUAUUUCAUUUAUGUCCUUCUCGAUAGUGUUAUAAAUGUAAAAAAAUAAACCAACUGACGUCAGAUAGCAAGCAGCUACAAAAUUGAAUCAUGUUUUAGGGAAUUCAAAAGUCAAUUCGAUUGGCUUAAAGAGACAUCUAUUCUAACAUAUAUAUAAGCGAAUUCUUUAUAUAGUACUAUUGAUUCAGUUGAUACACCCUAGAACUCAAUCAAGAUACCUUUUAUUAAGUCCCAAUAAUAAGAGGUAUCCCAAUGUACUAUUGAAGGGGAUACCAGUGGUUACAAGUAUCAAAUAGAGGAUUCAUAUACUUACAACCGAUUAGAGCAGCAAUGGCU